AUGGCAGUACGGCAUUUAAUUUCAACAUCUGACCUCAACAAUGAAAUUCUUACUGACCUUGGAAAAGGGGGUGGAAGGAAGGAGGAAGAAGAAGAAUACGUGUUGAUUAAUAAGAAGGGGAAGUGGGGCCCACGGAGGAGCCCCCUGAACUCCGGCUUUGCACGCGCAGUCAGGGAAUUGGGGCCCACAGAGAAACAGGCCCACGCACGUCCAUGCAAAAAUGAAAAGCAAUACUGCUAG